CACCAAGCAAUUUAUUUAAAUUUUAUACAAAGACAAAAGUUCCAAAAUUUAAACCGAAAAAAUAGUGUUUGUUUGCUCCGGUUAAAAGAAAAAAGUGCUGCUGUUUUUUCAUCUGUGGUGUGUUUGGCUAAGGUUUCAUUUUUUGACAGUUUUCCAAGAAAAGAAAAACAUUCCUUUUACUUGGCCCGCGCAAAUCUAUUUCUUUUCUUCUUUUUUAGCUUUGAUAGCCUGUUCCUUGUUCUUUGAAGAAAAACGCUUGAUUUUUGUAUAAUAAUAAUAGAAUGGGACAAUCUUUAUCAGAACCUAUUACUGAAAAGUCAACCUUUGAAGGAAAUGACAAACGUGUCAUGUACGGCAUCUCCUCCAUGCAAGGUUGGAGACCAACCAUGGAAGAUGCGCAUACAAUCAUUCCUUCUUAUGCAGAUACUGGAGCUAGUUUUUUUGCUGUCUUUGAUGGUCACGGAGGCGAUGAAGUGGCGAAAUACAGUGGACGAGAGUUACAUAAAAAGAUUAUGACAUCCAAAUCCUUUGCUCAGAAAAGAUAUAGAGAUGCUAUUCGAAUAGGGCAUUACGCUAUAGACGAAGAUUUAAGAAAAGACCCUCAUUUUGAUAAAGACUAUUCAGGCUCGACUGCUGUGACAGCAAUGAUAACAAAAGAUAAUGUACUCUACGUUAGCAAUGUCGGUGAUUCAAGAGCAGUGAUCAGUACAAAGAAUGGAAGAGGGAUACCCUUAACGCAAGACCAUAAACCAAGACAUCCAAAAGAAGCAGUACGAAUAAAGAACGCAGGAGGUUUUGUUGAAAAUGGACGCGUCAAUGGAAGUCUAGCUUUGUCAAGAGCACUUGGUGAUUUUAUUUUCAAAUCAAAUACCCAAUUAACACCCGAUCUCCAAGCAGUAACAGCUGAGCCUGAUAUUAUAGAGCACCUUUUGACAGAUCAUGAUGAAUUUGUAGUAUUAGCAUGUGAUGGCAUUUGGGAUUGUUUAACAAAUCAACAAGUAGUGGAUUUUGUACGUCACAAGUUAUGUGAACAUAAAUCACUCGGACCUAUCUGUGAGGAAUUGAUGGAUUAUUGCUUAGCAGAAACAGCGAAUAUGACCGGUAUUGGUUGUGACAAUAUGACAGUGAUUAUUGUUGCAUUUCUAAGGAAACGCAAACCUCAGCAAUGGUACGAUUGGAUGGCCUCUAAAGCACAGCCGCCGCUACCUCUCAGAAAACCGAUUUUGAUUGCACCGGGCAGCCGCCAACAUUUGACAGCAUCUGAUCCAAACACCGAUGCUACUUCUAUUCCCAAAGAUAAUAAUGAUACUAACGUCUCGUCGACCACCGAAAACACACCAUCAGAAAUACCCAUACCCAGUACUACUACUCAUAAUCAUCAUGCUACUUCAACGUCUCUAGAAAUAACUUUGCCCAACGCCGCCAAAGAAAGUCAUCACAACACACCCCUCUCCUCAACACCGAUAUUACCACCAUCACCACCUCCACCGCCACCACCUGCUGCUGCACCUUCCUCCUUAUCCACGACGAUGGCAGAUGCCGCCAAACGGCAUUCCAUUUCAUUAGACAAUGAUAAGAGUACCUCCACUUCAGAGCGAACGGAUUCCCCAGCCAACACGGUCUCCAAUAUCAUGGCGGCCUCAGCAGCCACAGCCAAAAGACAAUCUAUUUUGAAUACCGCGUCGAAAGGCACACCUACGACCGACGCUCCUACGACCACGACUGCUCAUUCGCGUAGUGCUGCUGCUACAGGUACGGCGCCUGUGAGAAAAGUUUCGUUUUUACAUACGCCCACGCCCACGCCCACGUCUCCUCCUCCACCACCACCACCACCACCACCCUCCUCCAUACCAUCCAGUGAAAAACCAACCAAUGCAUCGUCGCCUGUUCCAGCGACGGCAGCUGUAGCAAAAUAA